UCUUGACAUUUAUUUUUUUAUUUUUUUAAGAGGAACACAUUACUUAUUUGAUUGUCACCAAAAAAUCACAUUCGGCGGAGAUGGGCAAUCAAUCUUAGCUUCUUUUCUCUUUGCGCUGUGUCAUUUCCUUCUCGCAUUUCCCCUUUGGGGGAAUCAGCGUUGAUAUAUCAGACAUUGUUCUUCCGAUUUCAUGUGGAAGAUGUUGUUCUCUUCUGCUACUUCAAGGUAUGCCUUCCCCAAAUCUAAUCUCUUCCUGCAAUCCUUUCCCUUUUCCUCCAUUUUUUCUCUCCCCUCCGCCUUCAGUCUCCAAUUCUGUGUUCAUUCCCAUUCCCCAAACCCUAACAGCCUCCGAGAUUCCUUCGCUUCCUUCAAACGCUUGCUCCACAUGCGUCCCCAACCCUCCAUUGUCGAAAUUAAUAAGAUUUUAGUAUCACUUGCAAAGUCCAAACACUACCAAGCAGCUAUGUCACUGUCUGCCCAGGCGGAAUUGAAAGGAUUCCAACCAUCUUUAGUUACGCUGUCCGUUUUGAUCAAUUGUUAUUGUCAAGCGGGUGACAUGGCUUCCGCUUUCUCUUCACUGGGUAAGAUUUUCAAGUGGGGUUACCAACCAGAUACUAUAACAAUGACUACGUUGGUGAAAGGACUCUGCAUGAAAGAUGUAGGGAAAGCACUAGACUUUCACGAUGACCUGUUGACAAAAGGAUUUUGUUUAAAUGCAGUUACUUAUGGUACAUUCGUUAAUGGGCUGUGUAAAACUGGAAAAACUAGAUGUGCUGUUAACUUGCUUCGAAUGAUGGGGAGACGUAGAAUUAAAACUAAGCCUGAUUUGAUUAUAUACAACACAGUCAUUGAUGGCCUUUGUAAAGAAGGGCUUGUAAGUGAGGCAUCUCAAUUGUGUUCUGAAAUGAUGAGCCAAGGAUUAUGUCCUGAUAUUGUCACGUACAACACCUUAAUUCAUGGUCUCCUCUGCGUCAAUCAAAUGCAACAAGCUGCUGAACUUCUAAAUGAAAUAGCUUUGAAAGACAUCACUCCAGAUCUUUAUACCUUUAAUAUCCUAGUCGAUGCAUUUUGCAAAAGAGGAAGGAUUGUAGAAGCUCAAUCUGUCCUUGCCAAGAUGAUGAAAUGUUCUAUAAAACCUGAUUCUGUUACAUUCAACUCUUUGAUGCAUGGGUACUGUAUAAGGAAUAGUGUUGAUGAGUCAAGAGAAGUUUUCAACAAGAUGAUCAAAAAUGGCUUCGCUCCUGAUGUCUGGAAUUACAAUAUAUUGAUCAAUGCACAUUGUAAAUUAAAAAUGGUGGAUGAAGCCCUAGAUCUUUUUAAAGAAAUGUGUUGCAAAAAUUUGGUUCCUGAUAUAGUCACUUACAGCUCUCUUAUCGAUGGCUUGUGCAAAGCUAAGAGAUUCUUGUAUGUGCAAGAUCUUGUUUAUGAGAUGCGUCUUAAUGGCCAAGCUCCUGAUAUGAUAACCUACAAUAUUUUGUUGGAUGCAUUUUGCAAAAUGAAACUUCUUGACAAGGCAAUUGCAUUAUACCAGCAAAUGAUCAACCAAGGAAUGCAACCUACGGUGUGGACUUGCAAUAUAUUGAUUGAUGGUUUGUGCAAGGGUGGUAGGCUAAAUUUAGCACAUGAGAUCUUUGAAUUCCUUUUGACUGAAAGCAAUCAUCUAGAUGUCUGCACUUACAACAUUAUGAUGAAUGGACUUUGCAAAGAAGGCUUGUGCAGUGAAGCAUUGGCAUUGCUUUCAACAAUGACAAAGAAUGGCUGCCUUCCUAAUUUGGUGACAUUUAGAACGCUAGUGGGAGCUCUUUUGAAGAAAAAUGAGAAUGAUAAAGUAGAGAUGCUUAUUCAUGAAAUGAUCGGUAGAGGUCUUCGAAAAUGGUAAAAUAAGAUCUCUAUUGGCUAACUCAAAAAAACAAUGUUGUCAUAGUUUUAAACCUUUAAUUUUGAAGCACUUUGGAUGCCUCCUCAAUUUUUUAUAAGUGUCCAAGAAGCUCCCUAAUCAACAACUCUUGUUCAGUUGCAUCAGCAUGCUUCAAACACGUUUCACUACAGUCUACUAGCAGACACACGACCCUCAAAUUGUGAAAGCUGGAGCCACAUGUGCUUGUGCUCUACUCUUGUCUAUCUCUCACUGCCCCUUUAGAUAUUAUAGGUUUGAUAUUGUUGGCUGCUUGUAAAUCUUCCAAAAGAAACCAUCAUAAUGGAAAAUCUUUCGAGAAGCACAUAAUAACAAACCAUUGAAUAUAUAAUUACAUACUAUAAAGGUGUAAGUUAAUGAAUGGUAACAAAAGAAUGCUACAUAUAGGAAUGACAUUUGAGAAAAUCAGUAUAAGUUUGUGCUACGCGACUAGUAAUCAGAAUUAUUUUUUUGGUUAUUUCCAUUUUUUGUUUUGGGGCUCGCUUGUCAAAAUAGUGAGUUUACAAUUUACAAAACAUUGGCUGAAUUGGUAACUGCUAAAAAAGAUUUCCCUACCUUCCCUGUAAAACUUGCUGUCAAGGCAUGUCACUCCAGCUAAAAAGGAAGAAAAGUUUGACACCGCAACUGUAGAAGGAAGAUAGGAAAAGAUUUACUGCAGAUGUUUAAUGAAAUUACAAAAAGAAUAACGUUGACAAUAAAAUAUGAAACCGUUGGUCAAUACACAACACACAAAAAAUGCACUGACGAAACCAAAAGUAUACAGCCGCAUGAAGUUGAUUACCCACAAGGUUAGGUUUCCUUGGUUAACAUCCAAUAAUCAGUUAAUCACAACAUUCAGCUGAUUACACUGCCUUUGAUUUCCCUAACUGCAAGUGAACUGCAUUUUCUUCACUUUGUGAUAGGAAGUCAGAUUUUCCUUCAAAUAUUUUCCAUACACAACCUCUGAUAUUGAUGCCACACGUUCUUACCUGGAGAUAAAGGCUCCCUCAUUAGCAUUUUCAAAAACAAAUAUUUCCUAUACUCUAGAUAUCUAUGGCAGGGGCGUACUGCACAAGAAACCAUUUUCAGAACAUUAGGGAAACACCGAAAAGAAGACCAAUAGAACAGAUAAAUCCAAAUAAUAAUCAGAAAUAAAAUUCGGUAAGGGUCAUGUUUAGUAAGUAAACUUCAGUGCAUAAAUAAUUAAUAGAUUUGAAAGAAGUUAAAAAUCAAAAUAUUUUUGCAAGAAAUUAAAAUAAUAAUCAUAAUGUGUCAUUGGUAACAGAUGUAGGCUUGAUAUAGAGCCUCUUUGAUUUGUACAAAAAGUUGGUGGUCUAUCAAUUUUGCUUUCUUCCAGCUUCAAUCCAUCAUGGCUAAAGUAAAUAAAGAUCACUACAUCCAAGAAGUCAAAUACAUCAUUUUUCUUCUUUCAUGUAAAGCUCAAUGUCGCCCUCAGCCCUCUCACUCACGCCUCACAAGUAUCAACUGUCCACUCUUCAUCUUUCAAUAUCAACAGACCCACCCCUGACCCCUCCAACACCUCAUGAAAGAUAAUUGACGAUCAGCUUCAUUGUAGGGGAUGCAUUUAUAUAUGUCAUAUCUAGCAAUAAAUCUAGCUACUAAAUUCUCAAGUGAAUUAAACAGGUAUGUGAAUUUUAUAUCAAUAGGUUAAUAGACAGAUAUACAAAUGUGUCAUUACUGAUGCUUUGUAUAGUAGAGCAUGUUCAACCAAGUAUGCUUAAAAAAUAUCCCAAAAAAUGAAUAUUAGCUGUCCUAUAAUUGAUAUUAGUGUGCCUGGACUUGCUUGUAAGAUGAAUCUCUGAUAUACCAAUAACUUGGUAAUGUUUUAGUCCAUUGAAAAAAGAAAAUCAGGUAACAUUGUAGAUUUAGAUACCUAGACUUUGUGACUUGAAUUGCCUUGGCACAAAUAGGGCAGGGUUGGCGUGUUGGAGUAAGGAUGGGCAAACUUUCACCAAAGAAAGUGUAAAAAUGAAUGUGUCAAAUGCAC